AUGGACAGACUGAUCAAGCCCGACGUGCAGGCUGUCGAAGUUUUUUUUGUCAAAUGGCAGAAAUGUGGCCGAGCUUUCAAGCUAACCAACCUGAUGCACACCAUGUCUGUCGCCGUUUGCCUCACGCUGUCUGAUCCAUCGCUCUUCUCUGUCCUGAAACCUUUCUCUAUUAUCCCACCUCUCACAACUUCAUCCUUCACUUUAGUCCUCAACGAGCUGUGCGAUCAGCCUCCUUUCUCGUCUCCUCCGUGCACAAUCCUUGUCCGGUCCUCCAUGCUUCCCACCGGGAAAGCCCAUCAGGAUGAUCUCCACCGGCUGUUCUCGAGACCUGGGCCGCAUAUAUUUAAGGAUGUUGUGAUUCCUAUAUACUUUGUCGGCCCCCAUGUUGCUGAGUUUCUUCUUUCGCCGUCUUCCAUGUCCCUGGAGAUCAAUUUUCUCUUCUCAAAGGCCAUUUCUUGGUGUGAUGAAUCUCAGCUCACUUCUUUGCUCAGACUUGCUGUGGAGAAUGGGAAAUCACACUUCGUUUCUGCCUUGAUUGAGGCUGGUGCUGAUGUUAACGACAGGGGUCCGGAGGGAGAAUCGCUUAUGUUGUUGGCUGUUAAGUCUGGAAAUGCUGAUGCUGUGUAG